AUGGCCAAACGUGUGAUUCCAUUCGAAAAGGCAACUAAAACUUCCAAUGCUAAUGAGGACAAAGAGAAUUCUUCUUCUAUCACGGCUGAGGACUAUCUAGAGAAUCAACUGCAUCUGGAAAAAGAAGCACGCGAGCUUAUGCCUUAUGAUUCCAAUCAAUGUACCUACGGUAUGGGUCCUCUGAGGCAAGAAGUUUACGCUUGUUUGACGUGUUACGAAAAAACAAAAAAGCCAUGCGGGAUAUGCUUUGCGUGCUCUAUCAAUUGCCAUUCCAAGCACAGAUUGGCCGAGCUAUUCACCAAGAGAAACUUUACCUGUGAUUGCGGAACCUCGCGCAUUAACUCCAAUGGUCAUUGUCGGGUGAGAAUGGUUCAGCCAGAUGGAAAUGUCGAUAGAUCAGGGCUCUUGAAUUUACAAACUCGUCAUAGUGAAAUUUCUAACCUUGAUAUACCGUCUCUCUCAAAUACAUACAACCAAAACUACAGUGGACUUUUCUGUUCUUGCUGUAGACCUUACAACCCUGAAGAAGAUACCAACAUGUUUCAAUGCCAAUUUGGCCAGGCCUGUGGUGAGGAUUGGUAUCAUGAGGAAUGCAUUAUGGGACUUCGGCCUCAGGUAAUUGAUCGAAAACGGAAAUCUUCUGCCGAAAAACCAGUCAUCGAUAUCAGCGACUCAGAAGAAUCUAGUGUAUUACCCAUGCCUGGAUUUCCUGAUCUGGACAGCUUUGAGACUAUAAUAUGCUGGAAGUGUGUACUCAAGUUUCAGCAUGAGUUUGAUACAUUGAGCAGUUUACUUGAAUGCCAAAGAGUUUAUCAUGUGGAGGCUGAAUCGGUGGAAGCGCGCGAUGCACUACUGAAUGGUCGUUCAGACAGCGAUAAUAUUGGCAUAAAGAGAAUGAAGAAACAAUUCCCUUAUACCCUUCUCCUCAAAAAGGAUUUCAAAAAACAUAUUAAGCAGAUAGUCCUGGAAAAUAAACCUUCAAAUUUCGAGCUCAUCAAACUAUUGAAGGAAUUUCCUUAUAUGUAUAACGACGAUCCCAUCUAUAAACCACCGGAGGACUCUGAUGAUGAAAACUCAUCCAUGUUUGAACUUGGUCUUAAGAACCUAAACAAGGUGCCAGUUGAACAGGCACUUACAGGCAUGGAGGCAUAUAAAAAGAUGAAGAGCAGACUCACUGAGUUUCUCAAACCAUUUGCAGAGCAAAAGAAAGUGGUUACAGAGGAGGAGGUGAAGAAAUUCUUCAGUACGGAAAUGAGCCAGAAAAGGGACUAG